AUGCUCCACAGACGCUUCAGCCAAUCAGUGCUUCGACAGCGCCUAAGCCUCCUUCACAAAAAGCAAUUCAGUACGUCGCUACGCGUGUCGCUGGCAGCAGAGGCCCAAGAACCCGUCAGUCUUGAAAGACAAGAUCUAGAGGAACGGCUUGAGGAGCUCCAGCUUGAGAUCAAGAAGCUCAGAACGCUAUAUGGAGGAAAGAGCGAGCCGGAUUACCGACUCGAACAGGCAUUUGAGGAUCACGAGCUGCUUAGACAGUUUGAAGAGAGUUUGUCUAUUGGAAAGCCUGGAAAGAAGGACUUAAAACAACGGCUUAGUGGCACUAAAGAUGGUGAACACAGGCCACGUGGCGUGCCUUACCAGGACGUGUUUGGACAUGGACCGCCAGAUAGGCUCCACAUCAAAUCCUACUCAUACAAAGACGGAAAGUACUCAGGUCCUUAUAAUGGAAGAGCCACAAGGCGACCGGAUGUGCCCAGGCUCUCGCAUAACCUCAAAAGCGUGCUUUUCCGCCCCGGCGUGCAUUUCCUCAAGGAUCCACGAACAAAGACAUACAACUUCUCUACCUAUCUUGAGAAUAUUGUGAAGUAUGAGAAUUUCGAUUUCGACAAGGUGCAACCGUUCAUAUCCGUGCCCAAGGAUAAGGUACUUUUGAACAUGGCAUUGAGGCACGGCCUCUCCUACUACUCGUCCACGUCGUCCAUGACCCCGAUUCUCACGAAAUUCUACCUUCUUCUCAAUAAUUACAAUGGCACCAAGGAAAGCCCACGCUUUGAGUUUCCUCGUUUUAACAGAACCGUGCUUGAGCUCCCAGCUUCGGUUAUUGUGCUGCCCAAGGGCAAAAAAAGCAAGGCUGGUAAGUCUGUGUAUUCCGUUUCCUCAGAUAAGUCUGGCGAUACAGAAAUCUUGCUCAGUGCCAUGGGACAUUGUUUGGAAGCUUUCUUGACAACUACAGAACAAGACUUCAAAAACUACCUUCUCGAUAAUCCCGAAUCGCUGAAGGAAGCCGUCAUGAACGAUCAAAACGCUUAUAGUUACAUUUCUUGCGGUAAGCUUCUUAUGAGAUCCCAGCUUGAUUGCUACCAGGAUGGACUUCCUGGAACGGGAACAUUUGAUCUUAAGACCCGUGCAGUGUGUGCCAUUCGUCAGGAUAGACUCAGCGAUGCUGCCAACAACACCUAUCAAAUCUGGAGACAACUGGGUCCGUACGAAUCCUUUUCUCGUGAGUUUGACGAUUUGAUCCGAACAGGAGCUCUUCUCAAGUACGCUUUCCAGGCUAGAAUCGGACAGAUGGAUGGAAUCUUUGUGGCUUACCACAAUAUCCGCAAGUUCUUUGGUUUCCAGUACUUGCCGUUGGAGGAGAUUGACCGUAUCUUCUACAACGAUCUGCAUGUCCAAGCGAAAAUCAUCAACGACAAAGUCAAGCAGAAGGAGGUGACGCUUCCCGAGGACAAUCUUCCCCAAAAAGUCGCUACACUUCAGUUCAAGGCGUCGUUGGACAUUUGGACGUCUGUGAUGGACAGGGCCAUUGCUGAUUUAGAAGCAUUAGGCUACAAAGAUACGGCGUUCAGGCUCAUUUUCCUGUGGAAGGCAGGUGACGACAAAAAAGGCUCCAAGCUCUAUGCUUCUGCAGUUCCUAUUACGCCAGAGCAGGAAGAAGAGCUACAAACGUUCCUGGGUAAUUUCCAGACUUCUUUCAAGGAAGACAUUACCCAAGAACAAAGAGCCAAAAAUCUCGAACAUUUCAGAAAAGAACUCGACAAGCUCAACCUCUCGCUAGCGCAAAAGGCUCCUGUACUUGGGUACACCAUCUUCGUGGACCAGUUCUUCAACGGCAAGAAGCUGUACAAGCAACACCCAUACCCCAGCUGUCUGGCGGACCAUUUCGAAGUCAAGUACAAAAUCGCCAAUCCUAUUUGCAGUCAACCGGGAGACCGUAACACUUUCACGCGAGAUCGGUAUAUGGACGCCAUGAGAAAAGUUAGCAGUAUGCUUACGUCGUCCAUGCAGCCCAAAGGCACGGAUAAACUGAAAAAUCUGAACGUGGACACGAAUAUGAAGCCCAUUCUCAGUCCCAACAACUCCAACACAUCGCUUAAUCUGCUAUUUUCAAAGAUCGAAACUUCGCCUUUGACCGUCACCUCCUAUACCACCACGCCUUCCACAUCGCCCAUCUAUGAGGUGCCACGUGCUGAAGAGGUUUCUUCGCUUUUACGGAAGAGAGUCGAGUCCAAGACCUUGGUGAUGCUUGUUGGGCUUCCAGCUUCUGGAAAGUCCACUGUUUGCAAGCAGUUGGCCACCUUCUUGGAGAACCACGACUACAAGUGCGAGAUUUACAACGCUGGUAACGUCAGAAGACAGCUCAGGAGGACUUUCAGUGACGCUGACUUCUUCAACCCGGACAACGCUGCCGCUCAGGAACAAAGAGAGCAGUUUGCCGCCAUCGCCAUGGAGCAGAUGCUUGAGGACUUCCGUAACAACAGAAUCAACGUCGGCUUUUUGGACGCUACCAACACAACCCGUCGCCGCAGAGACAAGAUGCUUGAAAUCGUCAGAAACUGCGAUGUGUCGUUUUCCAACGUCAUUGUGUUGGACGUCUCUUGCACUGACCAGCGUCUUUUGACCUUCAACGUGAACGGCAAGACUGCCAACGGUGACUACACUGGCCGCUCCGUGGCUGAGGCGAUCGCCGACUUCAAGCAGAGGUCAUCUCACUAUUAUAAGGUUUAUGAGGCUAUUCUGCCCGAAGAGUUGGAGAAGGCCAGCGACGUUGUGUCGACAUACAUCAGCAUCCAGAACGCCAAGAACACUCAAAGCUACAGCAUCAUUUCUGAAAAGCAGCAUGAUGAGGUGGAGGAGUUGUUCUCUGCUUUUGCUGGCAACUACUAUAAGAUGCAUGGCGAGCGUUACCACGCGGCAGUGGACUCGUUCUACAAGUUAUCACAACAGGCAUAA